AAUGUAUAUGCUAAUGAGUUUGGCGCCAGUCUGGCGGGCGCCAAGAUGGCGCCAGUCGAGACGGCGCCAUCUUUGGCUGGCGCCAUUUUGAUUUGCUGCCACCAUUUUGGAUGGGGACAUGUAUGGGGCCUGUAUUAUAGCAGCCGGAUGUUGGUGUAUCUAAUUUGACAUUCAACGGAUGUUGGUGUAUCUAAUUUGACAUUCAAUAUUUAGUGGGGUCCGUUCAAUAGUUUGAGUUUAUGUUUUACUAUUCCGUGUUGCUUCCGUUGUGUUUUGUAAAAAAGAAAUAUAAUGGGUCAUUCUAACCUUUCGUCAGCGGAGUCAGAUUUUCUAACAAACAUUGAUGAAAUAGAUUUGCAACCAUUUUUGUGAAACGGUUACAAACCAAAGAAGUGACACAUCUGAGCUAGAUUUGCUAUCAACCAAUGUGUCUAGGGGUCAUGGGGGGAGUUUUGUUGAAAAAAAGGCAUCUGAAGGAGAUGGGCAAAGUGUUGCUGCACCUAAUUUGACAUACAAUAGCUUGUGGGGCGGCCGUAGCCGUCUCCGAUAGUUGAGUCAUUGGAGAGCCAGGAGAGUCAACAUUUAUUGGCUCCGAGUUGUCUAUGUGUAACUUUGUUGAAAAAGGCAUCGGAAGGAGAAAGGCAAGGUGUUGGUACACCUAAUCUAACAUACAAUAGUUUGAGCUGAGGUCGAGUCAUUAAAACGCCGUCACAAUCAGUAGCUAUAGCAGAGUGUUCUCGCGGCACGUGACCCCAUAGGCGUGGUCUUUUCUCCGGCAAGUUUGAAGUUAGUUUGGGACGGAUGACCAUCGACCAUUUUGAGAAGACAAGCCAGCGCAUGAGCUCUGAUCAGCGGAGUCGGAGUGCGUCAAAAAUUGUUUCGAGAUGGUUAAAGGUUGCAGAUAUCAUCGUUUUUGCCGAUGUUCAUACACCCUUUGACGACGACUUUAGUGGAGUUUAUCUAACACAAUCAGACUACGAUCUCGUAGCCGCAGCCACUAGAAAAAACGAUCCGCCGACACAAGCUGAUUUCGAAACACAGACUCUAGUGGAUGUCUCUGGACGCCAUUUUGAAGUACCAGAGGCGGCAGAGCCAAUCGCAUCAGAGCCAGCGAAACCAAUCGCAUCAGAGUCACGUGCUACCAUUGAGACCAAUCAACUCACGCCCCACGCCGAUGGGCCGGAAGCAUCCGCGGACACAGAAUUGGCGGACGCUUUAUCUGCAUACGAAGGCGUGAACCACCCUCACGAGUCGACAAACAAAGUUAGAGUUAAGCGUCGUGACACAGGGCGAGGGGUUCAAAGAGGAAGGAGGAGGAGGAGGGGGGCAGCCAUCUACAACACAAGCCACCCAACAACCAGAACAACCAACAACCUGAGCCGGCACGCGAGAGUCAUCACCAUAAGAAUAGAAGCCGUCCUGUAAAGUGCAGUGGUAAUUGUAUCUACAAAAGUCGGUUACAAGAAU